AUGACUGCAGUCGCAGUCCAGCAGCAUGCAGCUCACCGCCAGCAAUAUAGCCCACGACACUCCCCUCACUCCUCAAACGUGUCAUCCGCGCAUCAGUCGCGACCCGAAAGCUAUAGCUCCUCGAGUGCUGCGCAGAUUCCACCACAAGAGUCACCUCUGCUAAAUGGAGGUUCAAGGGCUAUGAAUUCGCGGCCAGCUGUGAGCAAUGAUCCAGUACCGGCGGUCAAUGGAAGUAGAUCGUCUGCUGGAGAGCCAUCCGCUUCAGGAGGAAGAGCACAACCAAAUGCAGGUGACGUCGCAGACAAAGGCAAGCACCGCGCGUACUUGCAAGCACGUCCAACAUCAGCUCCAAAUGGCGCAGGAGAGACUUCCCCGGAUGAAUCAGAACCAGACAGAAGAAGACAUAGACCAAAGCCUUUACUCCAGAGGUCAAAGAGUGAUAUCGGACCAAGAGGUGAAGAUCAGGAAUCGCAGGCGGAUGAUGACAUCCAGGACUGGGGUGCGAGACAUGGAUUUGAAGACCAUUAUGCUUCCGAGGAAUAUGUGUCGCAGUUGGCAAACAACUGGUAUAUGUACUUCACCGACAAGCGACAUGAGACCACAGGAAACCCGAAAUCCGUUGGCUACGAACUUCAAGAUUGGCGAAUGAAGGAUCGGCUAAAAACAGUUUCCGCUGCGCUAGCGAUAUGUCUGAACAUAGGAGUUGAGCCUCCGGAUCAGUUGAAGACGACCCCUGGAGCGAAACUCGAAGCUUGGCAAGAUCCGACAAACCCCCCUGUACAAAAGGCUCUUGAAAUUAUUGGAAAGUCGCUCCAAAAUCAAUACGAGACCCUCGCGAUUCGAACAAGGUACAAGCAAUACCUGGAUCCCUCGGUUGAGGAGACCAAGAAAUUCUGUCAGUCGCUCCGAAGAAAUGCAAAGGAGGAGAGAGUCUUGUUUCAUUACAAUGGCCAUGGAGUCCCGAAACCUACCGCCUCUGGCGAGAUCUGGGUCUUCAACAAGAAUUACACACAGUACAUCCCAGUCUCGCUCUACGAUCUCCAAUCCUGGCUCGGAGCGCCGACAUUCUAUGUCUGGGACUGUUCUGACGCUGGCAAUAUUCUGAAUAACUUCCACCGGUUCGUCGAAAAGCAUGAACAGGAGGAAGUAGACCAAAGCGCCAAAGACCCAAACUACAUCUCUCAACCAUAUAAACCCUACAUUCAUUUGGCGGCUUGCGGAGUGAAGGAGAACCUCCCUACAAAUCCCUUGCUGCCAGCAGAUGUAUUUACAUCAUGCCUUACUACACCCAUUGAGAUGGCCCUCUGGUUCUUCGUCUUACAAAAUCCAUUGCCCUCACAAAUCACGCCAGAGAGAGCGAAGAAGCUUCCAGGGCGGUUGCAGGAGAGAAGAACGCCACUUGGAGAGCUGAAUUGGAUAUUUACUGCCAUCACCGACACAAUUGCAUGGACCACUCUGCCCCGCCCACUAUUCCGAAAAUUCUUCCGACAAGACCUGAUGGUCGCAGCACUCUUCCGAAACUUCCUCCUCUCGCAACGAAUCAUGUCUGCUUACAAUUGCCAUCCUCAAUCAUUUCCCGAGCUUCCCGAUACUCAUCAACACCCCCUCUGGGAGAGUUGGGAUCUGGCCGUGGAGAUGGCUCUUGCGCAAUUGCCUCAAUUGGAAGAGAAAGAAGCUGGAAUCCGCCCUGACUACGAGUUCCAAAACUCAAGUUUCUUUACGGAGCAGCUCACAGCCUUUGAGGUUUAUCUUACUCAAGGCGCUGUCACACAUAAAGCUCCCGAUCAGUUGCCAGUUGUUCUCCAAGUCCUUCUAAGUCAGCAGCACAGAGUUAGAGCUUUGAUUCUGCUGGGCAAGUUCUUGGAUAUGGGCCCUUGGGCCGUCAACCUUGCUUUGAGCAUCGGUAUCUUCCCUUAUGUUCUAAAGCUACUCCAAUCGGCUGCGAAUGAACUGAAGCCGGUCAUGGUUUUCAUCUGGACCCGAGUGUUGGCUGUUGACCUUACUUGCCAAACCGACCUACUGAAGGAUAGUGGAUACAUGUACUUCGCCGUCAUCUUAAAGCCCACAGAGGGGCUCCCGGUCGUCGACAGUCUUGAGCACAAGGCUAUGUGUGCCUUCAUUUUAGCCAGACUUUGUGAUGGCUACAAACAAGGCCAGACUGUGUGCAAUCAGUCAGAAAUCAUGACCUAUUGUUUGGUCCAUCUCCAGAAUGCCGAAAAUCCACUCUUGCGACAAUGGGCGUGUCUCUGUAUCAGCCAGUUAUGGAAGGAUCUUCCGGAUGCAAAAUGGCGAGGUAUUAGAGAAAAUGCGCCGUCAAAGCUUGCAUUUCUGGUUCGGGAUGUCUGCUGCGAAGUCCGGGCUGCAAUGCUUUAUGCUAUGACCACAUUCUUGGGAAUCCAGGAUUUGACCGAUGAGGUGGCCCGGAUCGAAGAGAACAUUUCGUGGACCGUCAUGGAGAUGGCGAACGACGGAAAUGCCAUGGUACGAAAAGAACUUUUGGUCUACUUCUCCAAGUUCAUUCAGCGAUAUGAAAACAAGUUCUUGGUAGCAGCUUACGAGCAAUUGCAAGAGGAGCGCGAGUACCGGCAAUUCCCGCCAGCUGAUGAUGGAAAUGAUCACAAGAUGGGCCUGCAUUAUGCCCGCAUGGAAAAUCGCAACCUCGACGGCACGAUCAAAGCUACAGCUCAUGGCGUGGCUCAUAAUUCGAUAUUCGCAGCCGUUUGGAAGCAUGUCCUCAUCAUGGCGGUCGAUCCACAUCCCGAAGUUCAACGCAAUGCAACCAUAAUCAUCGAUUGUAUCCACUGCUCUUUGCUCCAAUCUCCGCUUGGUGGCCAUGCUCAGAAUAUCAUUGACGACAUCAAUCGUCGUGUUGCAAGAUCAGCCGCAUCAAACCAGAGCGCAACUGAUCCACGACCUAGCACACCUAUCAGACAAGACUCAAUGACGUCAGCACCUACAACCCAACAAAGCCUUCUCAAGCGGACCGCCAGCUAUCUGUUUACUAUGCCAUUCGUUGGUGGCUCAAGUGCAGACACAUCACCAGAACACUCUUUGGGUAGAAACCCUCCAAAGUCACCUGGAGCUCAACGGAGUCCCCUUCCUUUACGCUCAAGGCUCCCAGAUUUCAACGCCCCGCCAGAGCAAAAUGAUACCGCAGCCACUCCCGGAACAUAUCAUGCCGCGAAGGAGCCGAUGUCUGGUGGAUUCGUACCUCGAAAGCUGUCAACUCCUCCCACUUUACCUCUCGUAAGCACUUUCUUUGAAUGGUCGAUUGAGUACUUCCGGGAACCUCAAAUGAAGCCAAACGAAGCCGAAGAGCCGGGAAGCACUGACUACAACGAGCGGCUGUGGCGCCGCUCUCGCAAUGAAGCAAUUUUGAGAGAGACGCAGCCGCAGAAGGAGAUUGCAGGCAGCGGUAGAUGGACGACCCCAGCUGGUUUCUUCAAUAAUCAAAGCCAGCCGUCGAAGAUGACUUUCCACCAGUUCGAGGACCAUUUGGCAGUUUCAGAUGAUCGGGAUACAAUUUGUAUCUGGGACUGGAAGAAGCAAGACCGGCUGAGCAGAUUCUCGAAUGGUAACCCGGAAGGAUCUAAGAUCAGUGACCUUCAGUUCAUCAACGAAGACGACCAGGCUUUUCUCCUCACAGGUUCUUCAGACGGUGUUAUUCGCAUAUAUAGGAACUAUGAUUCCGACAAGAAGAUCGAAGUUGCAUCUGCCUGGAGAGCUUUGACUCAUCUUGUCCCUAGCAAUGUCAACUCCGGUUUGGUAUUCGACUGGCAGCAGGUAUCUGGCAAGCUUUUGGUCGCUGGUGAUGUUAAAGUCAUUCGAGUAUGGGCCGCAGCACCCGAGCUUUGCGUCGUCGACAUCAAUGCACGAUCGGGUUCGUGUGUCACUUCUCUGACCUCCGAUCAAAUGACCGGCAACAUCUUCGUUGCUGGUUUUGGAGAUGGAGCGAUUCGAGUCUUCGAUGCUCGGAACAGGCCUCAAGAAGCGAUGGUUAAGAAAUGGAAGGACGAGACCGACAGAGUCUGGAUCAAGAGCGUGCACAUGCAACGAGGCGGUCAGCGAGAGCUUUUAUCCGCCAGUCGCAACGGCAAGGUCAAGCUCUGGGAUAUCCGAAUGGACAAGCCUUUGCGGACGAUCAACACCACCGGCCAAACGUUACGAACAGCAAGUACGCAUGAACAUCUUCCAGUAUUUGCUGUGUAA